AUUCCUGGCAUUCCGACCUCAGUCCCUCCUCGGUUACUUAUUAUCGCCGCCUGCUCACUCUCCACAAUCAGUUCACAGCAAGAGAGGAGCGAGGCAGCCCGUCCGGGGGUGAAAAAAAGGAAGAUGAGACACGUUUGAGUCUUAAAAACAAACUCAUGGAAAUAGUGGAUUUACUGUGAAGUUUACUUACAAGAUCGAGAACAACGGUGCGUUACGAUGAGAGCGUGAGCUGGUUCCCAGUUGAUUUAUUUAAAUACUUUCGCAACAAGAAAGAGCACGUCUUGUUUUUAGAGAAGAUAACAACGUACACAAAGCGAUAUGUCGUCCACUGAAGAGCCGUCUGGCACGGUCCUGCACCGGCUCAUCCAGGAGCAGCUCCGCUAUGGAAACCCCACAGACACCCGCACCUUAUUAGCCAUCCAGCAGCAGGCUCUGCGUGGAGGCAGUGGAAGCAACAGUGGACCCAGCAGUGGAGGUGAAAUGGGCAGGAGCCCACGAUCCUCUCUGGAGAGUCUCACCCAGGAGGAACCUCCGUUCCCUCAGCUCUCUGCGAGGCAGGAGCCUCAGGGCCAAGAGCACCAGGGGGACUACCACCACUCAGAAAGUGGCUACCAGCUCUACCAGCUGCACGGGGAAGAGCUGCCAACUUAUGAGCAGGCCAAGGCGCACUCUCAGUAUCUGGCCUCUCAAUGGGCCCCUACAGGCCCCAUCAGGCAGCUCCAUGAGGGGACGCUCCUGCAUGAGGGGACAUUCCACGAAGAGGCAGAUCUGAUGGAGCUGAAGUGCAGCCAUGUGCGGUCACUCAGUGAGCAUCGCAUGCAGAUAUCUCUGGAGAGGAACGAUGUAGUUGCUAAAGCGGAGGCCAUCAAGAUCACCUCACACAGCUACCCUGAGCUUCCUUACUACACACCACAAAGCCUCCAGAGCAUGGGGCCGAGCCUGGACAAGCGUAGCCCACCUCCAGAGUACACGGCGCCCAUCCAGGGCCAAGGAUUUAUCCCUCACCAGGUCCAGGAGCCAAUGCAGGCACAGCAGAACAGGUAUGUCCAGUCCAGUCAGCCAGCAGAAGUCCCCUGCUACAGCACAUUUAACAGUCUGCCACCUGCUGGCUUGGAGGAGCCCAACCAGGUGGAGCUGCUGCUGAUGGAGAACGAGAGGCUGAGACAAGAGCUGGAAGCACACAGGGAGAAGACUGGCCGUAUUCAGAAGUUGGAGCAGGAGAUCCAGCGUAUUUCGGAGGCCUAUGAGACACUAAUGCAGGGCAGCAGUAAGAGGGAAAACCUGGAGCAGACACUGAGGAGGAGGCUAGUGGCCGAGGUCAGGAGGCUGCAGGAUUUCAACAGAGACCUUAGAGAAAACUUGGAAAAUGCCAGAACGCAUGUCGCAAAAGAAGUGGAAGCAGCCGACCAUAACCAGCACAUCAUGGCAAAACUCCUUGAACAAAAUGAGGAGCAGAACUUUGAGAGGGAGCGCGUAGAGCGGGAGCUGCAGCGAUUGCGAACAACGGCGGAGGAGCAGAACGUCAGGGCAAAACGGCUCGAGGAGGCCCUGGAUGCAGCUCGCGGGCGAGGUCGCCAGCUCGAGGAGGAGUUGAGGAGGAAGAGGGCUUACGUGGAGAAGGUGGAGAGGCUUCAGAGUGCCCUGGCUCAGCUCCAGUCCACCUGUGAGAAGAGAGAGAGCCUGGAGAUGAAGCUGAGGACGCGACUAGAGCAGGAGCUGAGGAGUCUGAGGGCACAACAGAGACAGUCCCAGCCUCCAGGGGUGACCAUGAGCUCCCUCCAAGAGCGCCUGCGGGAGCGUGAAGAGCGAAUCCUGGCCCUUGAGGCCGACAUGGUGCGCUGGGAGCAGAAGUACCUGGAAGAGAGCACCAUGAGACAGUUUGCAAUGGAGGUGGCUGCCACUGCCGCUGCUCAGAGAGACACCACCAUCAUUAACCACUCACCCUGCCACUCCUCUAACAACAGCUUCAACGAGGACCUGCCAGUUGCUGACUACAGGAAUCAGGAGAUGGAGAACAGGAUCCGCGCUCUUUACGCUCAGAUCUUGGAAAAGGAUGCCGUGAUCAAAAUCCUCAACCAGCGGCUACACCAUGACCAGGGCCGCAAGGACGAGCCAAGUCCACGCACAAACCUCUUGAAUACAGCUGGGGCAUCUCUACGACCCGCCUCCUCUACUCCCGCCAUCAACACCAUCAGUGGCACCACAAAGAAUAGAGGGAAGAGUCUUUCAGAUGAUCAGACGCCAAAUCGUCAGUUCUCUGCUCAGUCUGAACCUGGAACGCUAGAACGUCAGGGGGAGGGAACCAAAGCCAAAGAGGCUGCCAGCACAACUAAGCUCAACAGUGACAAGACAGCGCCUAAGAAGUUGCUAUUAAACCCCUUCGGAGGCCUGGAUGAGCUGGAGUCAGAAGCAGUGGAAAUCUUCAUUUAAAAAAAAAAAGGACUGAGAGGUGGAUUUUGAAUGAGAAGAAAAACACAAAACAAUUCUGAGAAUCUGUGAAGAGUGCAAGUCUUUGAAUAGAGAAUGGAUUAAAUGUUGGAUGCAAGAAUGUCGUGGAAAGAGGCCAAUGCACGAAAAAAAAAAAAAAAGGACUGUUUUCACAUUUUAGAGACAGAGCUGUGCUCCAACUCACUUACUCUCACUAAGCUUGGACAGCUGCAGGCAGUCUGCCCAGCUAGGAGAGAAAAGAUGAAUCUUCUGAGGUACUCGGACAGUAUUGUGGAUUGUAAUAGGGCAACAUGUUCUCAGAGAGUGUAUGCCAAAAUAUUUAUAUAAAUAUAUAUAUAUUUGCUGCUUUCCCCCCUCCUUUAUCUCCUUUCCCAACCCAGUGAAUUAAGAAGCUACAUAUUUAUCUUAUCUGGUUUCCACAUUCCCCAAAUAUUAACUUAAGCCUCAUGCUCUUCUAGAAAAAUAUGCAAUAAAAGUUUAUCAAAGUGACCUGCAUUCCCCCCCACCCAAAAAACAAAACAAAACAGAAAUAUGGCGUCAAUUUGAAUAACCUCAUUCCCAUCACAUGGAUCUUAUCUGUUCAGAAGACUUCCAUUAAUUUAAGCUUAUAACACAUGAAACACUGCUGAUUUAAAUGCUCUUGCUGUCCAUGUUUCUUAAGCCGAGUAGCUGGUUCUGCAGAAGCUUAGAGGAGCGUGAACAGUGAGAUGCAUCAUAUAUAAAAGACAAUUUGGUAUAUUUUAUUGUUUUGUUUUUUUGCCAAACUGACACAAACCUGGUGUUGUUUGUAAUUUUGGGAGGGUUUUUGUUUUUGCAUCAUGGUGUUGAUUUCAUCAUCUGUUGCUUUUUUUUUUUUUUCUGAUAACUUCUCAAAGUAUGUUUGCAUGUGUGAUUACAGUAUGUGAGUGUGUUUCCUGAGGUGGUGAUUCUGCUGGUUUGAGUCACCACUGUGGGAUAAAAGUUAAACACCGUGUUUGCUUUUUGUUUGUUUGUUUGUUUUUGUUUACUGUGAGCUUUGAACUAACAAACAGGUUAAUUAUUAUUAUUAUUAUAUAUUUUAUACAGAUGUUUGUAUUGUUAUUUUAGAUAUAAUAGUGCUUUGAGCAAGAUGCCAAAGAGUUUAUGUAUGUUUAUUGUAAGUUAUGUGCUGACAAUCACGGUCAUGUCAAGCUGUACACAACCAACCAAGUGUUGACUUCAAACAGACAUUUCUGUGAACUUUGAACAAUAUGAAGGUUUUUACAGUUGAAUUCAUGCAACAUUUCAUAAAGCAAUAAAAUAUUCUAAUAUACAU